AUGUUGUCAGGAAAAAAGAAGACUAAGGAACCUAGGUUUAAACGGCUCAAGAAGAAGUUUGAUGUUGAGUUAGAUCAAACUGAUGGGUUGAUCGAGAGCAAAGAUGAAGUUGUUGGCAGCCAUGACUGUGAACUGAAGGAAAUCGAAGAUGUAAUUGAGGCAAGUUGUCAACAACGAAGAGAUACAAAAAUAGGUGAAGAGAAAGAAAUUUCCCAACAGAUGGAACCCCAAAAAGUUGGUGAUGAUUAUGCCAGAGACUGGGAACGAGAAAAUGGUGAAUGUAAGGAUUUGAUGGUGGUUCAUGAUAAUGUCAAGAGAGAGGAAGGAACACACACAACGCAGAUCACGUCCGAUCAUUUUCAACCAAAUGACUCCACAGAUGCGCUUGCGUUAAGUGAUAAAGAUCAAUCUCAAGAGGAGAUGAUGGUGAUUAUUGAUAGUCUAAAAAAUAGAGGUGUUGUUGGAGAUGAUGGCACACACUCAGCUCAGAACGUGUGUGAUCACAUUCAACCGAAUGACUCAACAAAUAUCUGUGAAAGUGAUUUGGAAUCGAAGAAGGUGGAUGAUAUAGGUAAGUUGAUGGGGUCUUCAGCUGAGGCUGCAAAUUUGAAGAGUGCGAUCGAAAUCGUGAUGAUAAAUCAAGGACUUGAUAUAUCUAAUAAGAAGGAUAUACCGACAGAUCAUGAUGAAGCAAUGAUUGAUGCUGAUUUUAACAUUGUACAUGACACACUUCCCAUGGACACUCAGUCCAAGUCCAAGAAGAGGACUUUGGAGAAAAAGAAAAUAUCUAAAAGUGAAGUAAAUAAAUCAGAGGUAAGAGUGGAAGUUAGUUCUGGUACAAGCAUAUGCAAUAUGGUUCUGAAUGAAGGGAAGGUAGUUGUGUAUGAGCCAAAUGAGGAAAAGGCGGUCGGGUACAAGCAAGAUGAUGUAAUUGAAAAGCGAUGUGAAGCACAGUCUUUACCGAAUGGGUUGAUUAUUGAAGAAUUGGCUAAGAGAGAUCCUAAAGGAAAAUUAGCUCUACGUGGGAGAAAGGUCAGAAUUCAUUUCACUGCGAUGUUGAAGGAAAGUGGAGUAGUAUUUGAAAGUAGCGCUGGCAAAAAUCCUUGCAAAUUUCGCCUAGGUGAUGAAGAAGUAAUGGAUGGUUUUAAUAUAGGCAUUGAUGGUAUGCGUCUUGGUGAUAAGAGGAGACUUAUAAUCCCUUCAUCUCUAGGUUUUGGAGAACAAGGAUUUGGUACAAGUGUACCUCCAAACUCAUGGCUGGUGUACGAGGUUGAAUUGGUUGGCGUGCAAUGUUAACCUGACAUGCCCAUUGUUCUCUCAAAUAGAAGCAUCGGACGUUUUUGAAGUGAAGUUCAACUUAAGGCGUUAUAUUUCAAUCCAACUUGGACUUUGAAGUAGUAGUAUUGCUUUUGUCUUUUUCUUAGUAUGAACAUUUGAUUGAGAAGUCUGCAUAAUUUGGAGUGUUGAGAUUAUAUUGAACAGUACUGAU